AUGAAUGGCUCCCCAAGAAGGCACGCCUUCGCUGCCGUGCGGAACGACGGUACAGUCAUCACCUGGGGUCAUCCACAGAUGGGUGGUGACUCGAGUGCGGUGCGAGAACAGCUGAUUGGGGUCAAACAGAUUUGCGCCAACUCGCACGCCUUCGCAGCCCUUCGGAAUGACGGGCGUGUGAUUACAUGGGGCCACCCUGAGCAUGGUGGUGACAGCAUGGCAAGACAGAGCGAGCUGGAGCGCAAUGUGGUGACGCGUUUGCACGCCAACCAGUUUGCCUUUGCAGCGGAGACGGUGGAGGGGCAUCUCCUCGCUUGGGGCUGCCCAGAUCGAGGCGGCGACGUAAGCUCCGUUGCAGCUUCUAUGGAAGGGCUGCUUCCGGCUCAGGAUGUCUCCUCCAAUGCAAGCGCCUUUGCAGCACGGCUCCGCGAUGGCAGCGUCGUGACCUGGGGAGAUCCGGCCUUUGGAGGCGACAGCUCCUCAGUUCGGAAAUCUCUGUCUUCUGUCAAGAAAGUGUACAGUUCGCGCCGCGCCCUUGCAUUCGCAGCGAUCACAGAUGACGGAUCCGUUGUCACCUGGGGCCACCCAGACAUGGGUGGCAACAGUGCGGAUGUACAGCACCAGCUGAUCGAUGUGGUGACCAUCGAAGUGUACUCCUUUGCAUGGGCAGCUCUCCGCAGGGAUGGCCGGGUGGUGACGUGGGGAGAGUCGCAAAAAGGUGGAGACAGCAGCAUGGUGCAAGAACAGCUGAGAGAUGUCGAGCAGGUGUGUGCCAAUGCCUACGCAUUCGCAGCAGUUCGACGGGAUGGUACCGUGGUAACGUGGGGCCAAGCUUUGCGUGGCGGUGACAGCAGCUACGUGCAGCAUCAGCUCAUCAACGUGGAGUUUAUCUAUGCUACCGCUGCAGCUUUCGCGGCAGCGAGAACGGAUGGCACAGUUGUGACUUGGGGCGACCCUUCGCGUGGUGGGGAUGGCUGCCCUGUCCAACUUAGAGCGGGGCCAAGCAGCCAAAUGUGA